AUGGGUGAUGUCUAUUUGGAACGAAUGUUAUCAAAUGCUAAUAUGAAUCGUGCUUAUGUCUCAGCUAUAUUUUCAUUGUUGGAAUCUAUUACUUUAGGUUCAGCACCUAUUUCAACAGUUUUUACCAACACAUUUGGAUGUCGUCGGAUGACAAUAAUUGGUUCUAUUCUGGGGUCGAUUGGCUUCUUUCUUAGCCGAUGGUACUUCAGUGUUUAUUAUUAUUAUCUUACCAUAGGUAUCAUCGGAGGUAUCGGUUGCGGACUUAUCUAUUUACCAGCAAUUGUCUCUGUUGGAUAUUAUUUUGAAGAAAAACGUUCAUUUGCUAUGGGAAUAGCUUUUUGUGGAUCAGGUUUGGGUACAGUCGCAUUUCCAUUUGUGAUGCCUUGGUUGAUAGAUAAAUUCUUUUUGAAUGAUUAUAAAAAUGGUCUUUUAUUUGAAUCGGCUCUGAUAUUAACAUGUGUCUUGUAUGGGUUCACUAUGAUUCCUUUACCAAUAGAACCGAGUGAGCAACGUCGUCUACGAUUAAAGGCAAGAUCCGAAAUGACAAGACAAAUUAUAAAUCAAAAGUCCAACAUUAAUACUCAAAAUAAUCAAACAAAUGAAUCGAUGAAUCAAUACGACAGUUUACCAUUCCUAAUGACGUCUGCCAAUAAUGUUCCCAAUGAACAAAGACGCUUACCCGAAGAUAGACGGCACACUACUAUACCAUUUCAAAAUACUUCUUGUAUUGAUGGCAAUGCUAAUAAUCAGAAUGAUCGUGUCUGGGAGUCUCGACCAUAUCUAUCAUCACCACAUCGUUAUUCUUUAGUUAAUCGAUUGACACUGUACAAUUCAACAUUAAUCAUAGCCGGUGUCGCCGCAAUCUUUGCUCCAUAUAGUGGUUCUCAUAUUCUCCCCCAUCUAAUUUAUGCUACGUUUUUCGGUUUCUUCACUGGCGGUUAUGUUGGUUUAACAUCGAUCAUUACUGUUGAUCUUGUUGGUAUAGAUAAAUUGUCCAAUGGAAUGGGUAUUAUUCUACUCUUUCAAGGAGUUGCAACUGCCAUAGGUACUCCUGCUGCUGGAGCAAUGCGCGAUGCAUUUGAAGCGCAUGCCCGCCCAUUUCUUUGGCCUUAUUUUUUGUUUGGUAGCUUGGUAGCACUCAGCGGCGCCAUUUUAUUUGCACUUCCAAUCUUAAGACGAAGAGAUCAAAAUCAGCAAGCUUUCUAUGAACCUCCAUUGAAUACCAAUGAUCUUUCUCAUUGA